AUAGUAAUCCUUCAAGGAAAACUGUUUGCAAUGUUAUGACAAUUAAUUUAUUUUCCUUUGUUGAAACUAUACCAUGUGUUGUCAGUAAACGUUUCCAGAAAUUUGAAUUCGAUUGAAUUUAGCACUAAAGUAAAACCUUACCCACUCCUUGGCCAGAAAAGUCUGUGCCUUUUCAGAUGUUUUAUAAACAUCAGAUGAACAGUUCUCCAUUCUAGUUGGUGAACUGGCUCCUGGCCAAAACCAUUCUGUUAAAUUUAGCAUUUAUAUUUUUGUUCAGUGUAUUUACAUUCACACCUUCAAUGACAUGUUCCAAAUAGCACCUUUCCAAGUAAGGAGAUGUGAGGAGUAGAAUUGGCAAUACUACAGUAGUAUCCUGUUAAACACAUCUAGAGGGUCAGAGUAGACAUGGUUUUGACACAACGCCCUGUUCAGCAUGUUCAAAGUUAAACUUCUAGCUAAUUACUGAGUGGGUAUUACUGAAGGUUCUGAGUAUUCCCCUACCAAAAUAAUUCCUAUCAAAGUAAAUAAACCAUGGGAACAGUCAACAGUGAUUCAAAUCUACUACUGUAAUAAAUAUGUUUCACAUUCUCAAACAUGAAGGGAUAUAACAACCAAGGGUAUAGGGGGAAUUCAACCUAAUUACAAAUUCACCUCACCAUAUUAAUACCCAGAAAGACAGCAAAUCAUCAGUCACUGACUCUCCAGGACCAUAUAUGCUAGGUAUCCAUGAGAUGUUAGCUCCGGCCCUCAUAACUCAAUGCAAAUGGGUCAGUAUAGAUCAGAAAACUUUGGUGGCAACAGGAAAUAUUACAGCUGUCCUGUGCUGGACAAAAGUAUACCAAAAUGCUUAGGUUGUUAUAUGUUAAUGAAAUGUUAUAACACGUUAAUUAUUAUGUAGCAAAGAGUACGUCAAUAGUAAAUAUAAAUGUAAAUCCACAGAAAAGACAUUCAGUGGCACAUUAAGAAGAUCUUGAAUUAAUUGAAGACCUUUUGGCACACACAUCUAGGCCAAAAUGGGGCACAACCUCUUCCCAAGCCUCUCAAACUAGUUGCAUUAACCAUUGCUUAACUGUUGGCUCACCUUUCCACCUACACAUCUUAUAUAGCCUGUGCAGGGUUAGGAUUUGAUUGGAUUGCAGCCAUCCCUUUGUUUUGUUAUCUAGAUCACAAUGACGAUCAAACUUUAUAAGAUUGACCUUAAUGGGGAUUAAUCUACGGAUUCUUAGAUGUUCGAGAUGGGAUCAGUUUAAUUGGGAUUCAUUUAAUCUCAGUUCAUAAAUUCAUUUUGAAAGCACAUUUUAAAAAGAAUCAAGGAUGCAAAUGCAAACGUUUCUGAAUGUAUAAUUUAAUUGUGCAAUGCUGGGGGGAAAAUGUCCUACAAGCGGCCAUAUUGGUCAGCUAAUACAGGGCUAGUAAAGACACAGUGCACUACUUUGUUAUUUAAAAAAAUAUAUAUAUAUUUCAAAUUUUUUUUUUUUUGAUUUUUCAGCACCCCUACUUCCCACAGCUAUGCCUUCAGUAGCCUAUAACUUGUCCAAGAAAGUUAAAGAUCCUGCGAAAAGCAAGGUUGUAGCAGAUUGCCUGUUACAGCUAGAAGAGGAUGGACCUUACGUUCUUAGCUUUGUUCCUCUGGGUUUUUCUCUAGGCCUCCAGGGAGUUUUCCCUGGCCACUGUGCUUCUGCUUCCACUUCUGCUUGCUCUUUGAGUUCUAUGCCGGAUUACUGUAAAAACACUUUGUGACAACUGCUGAUGUAAAAAGAGCUUUAUAAAUGUGAUGAUUGAUUGAGAUGACAAGACAUCAACAAUGAAGAAGUACAAAAGCAUGGCAGCCGCCUGACAAGAAAGACUUGUUAGAUGUUAUUACACACUUGUAAGCCUCUUAGUCCCACUAAUUCUCCCUGACUGUGGGCUGUGGCUGGCAGGUGUUUACUCUACACAGCAAUGAUGGCUUAAUCCCCAUGUAGGCUAUAUGGUUCCUCAGAAUCGCCCCACUCCAGAAGAAUUUGACGGUCUUCCCAGUGAAGGACUUUGAACUAUGGAGGAGCUACUACUGCCCACUGAAGGCGAGGAGACGCGCUCCAACAAUAGCUCGUAUUCUCCAAGAGGAGAAACCAUGUACCAACGUGUCAAUAGAUUUCUCCAUGGGGCUUUUGUUGAUGACGUGAAACAGUGGUUAAGGGGCUACCUGAAGCGCAACGGCUUGCUGACGCUCUCGGUUUUUGCCGUGUUGACGGGCUGUGUCCUGGGGGCUGUGUUAAGAGGGAGCCAUCUCUCUACCCAGGCUAAGAUAUAUUUCUCGUUCCCUGGAGAGCUUCUCAUGAGAAUGCUCAAAAUGCUUAUCCUCCCCCUCAUCACAUCCAGUUUAAUGUCAGGCCUGUCGUCCAUGGAGCCCAAAGCCUGUUGUCGUGUGGGUGUUCUCACUGUGACCUACUACCUGUGGACCACCUUCAUUGCGGUGGUGGUGGGUAUCCUGCUGGUGAUCAUCAUCAAGCCUGGGGUGGGCACUGAGAUGGACAGCAUCAGGCUAGGAGGAGGGCCCGUCAUGACUUCUGCUGAUGCCUUGCUAGAUCUCAUCAGGAAUAUGGUUCCUUCCAAUCUUAUUGAGGCAACAUUUCAGCAGUACAAAACAGAUCUGGUUCCUAUCCUGAAAGUCUCCAGGGUCAUAGUGCAGCCCAACUUUGUGUACGACAUACCUGAUGAAAGUGACCCCAGUGGUCGGACAGUGUUCCUGGAGCUCACUCCACCCCCUGAGAUCCACUACAAGACCAGACCUGGCAACAGCCAACAGAUGAAUGUGCUGGGGAUCGUCAUCUUCUCUGCCACUAUGGGGCUGUUGCUGGGGAAAAUGGGCGAGAGAGGAGCACCACUAGUCAACGUGUGUCAGUGCGUUAACGAAUGUGUCAUGAAAAUCACCAACACUGCUGUUUGGUAUUUUCCAUUUGGGAUCAUAUUCCUCGUAGCUGGAAAAAUCCUUGACAUGCAGGACCCAUCUAAUCUUGGGAAGAAGCUGGGCUGGUACACCAUCACUGUUCUGACCGGGCUGUUUGUUCACGGCCUCAUCCUCCUCCCCUUCUUCUAUCUUGUCCUGACUCAGAAAAACCCCUUCACUUACAUCAGAGGCCUGCUACAAGCCUUGGUCAUAGCACUGGCCACCUCCUCAAGUUCUGCCACUCUACCCAUCACUAUGAAGUGCUUGCUGGAGAACUGCAAUGUGGAUCGGCAGAUAGCACGCUUUGUGCUGCCUGUGGGGGCCACCAUUAACAUGGACGGAACGGCUCUUUAUGAGGCCGUGGCGGCCAUCUUUAUCGCCCAGGUCAACGAUUAUGAGCUGGACUUUGGCCAGCUGGUCACCAUUAGUAUAACAGCUACAGCUGCCAGCAUAGGUGCUGCUGGGAUUCCCCAGGCCGGCCUCGUUACCAUGGUCAUUGUCCUGACGUCAGUGGGUCUGCCGCCUGAUGACAUCACCCUCAUUGUGGCCAUCGACUGGGUGCUGGACCGUUUCCGAACCAUGAUCAAUGUGCUUGGAGACGCUCUGGCAGCAGGAAUCAUCGGCCACUUAUGUCGGAAAGACUUUCCUCGCGGUGGUACUGGCAAGUCCCAGCCUUCAUACGGCACACAGAACAAACACAACUUGCACGACAUGCAGAAUGGCAUGCCACUGACCGAGUUGCCUUUGCAAAAGCAAGACUGCUGUUAUGAGGUGAUGGAAGACACAGUCAACGAGAGCCCCACUAUAUACUACAACAUCUGUCAAGUUUAACUCCUGGGAACACGCCAACCUAAAAUGCUGGACAUUUUUGGAGCGCUUUUCCCCCACCUCUGCCAUGAAACAGUAUUAAACUGCUGUCACCUACCCCUUUUUUGUGACUUAACUUUUUGUGAUGGAACAUUUUGUUCCGCUUUGAUGGUGACACUGCAAAGGACAAAUCAGUGUUUUCCACAAAUAUUUUUUUAAAUAUUUUUUUUAACAGUGAUGAGUUAGGAAUUGCCCCAUUGUACCACUACCAUCUUAUGUGGUAUUGACUAUGGCAAUUAACUCUGCUCGUCCAACAUCAAGUGGAUUCCCUGGAUAUUUGUAUUGUAUUUAUUAUUGUUCUCUACUGAACUGUUCCUCAUCAUGAUCCAUGUGUUAAUAACUACAUCCAUUUUGAACAACUUUAUUGGGAGUUGUAGACUAUGUGUGUUAUUGAUUUGUUUGACAAGCAUAGGAAGUAUUGUAUGGUCAUAUUGUACAUUCAAACAUUGCAAUGAACUCAUAUUUAACUCAACCAAAUCUUCCUUUUAAUGUACCUAACAUUUAGUGGCAGUUUCAACCAUCUCUAAAUGUAAUAAAGUACAGGGAGAAAUGCUGUACAAUUCAAAACACCUCCUCUGAUUAUCAUUGUAUAUGAGCCCACUUUAUUAAUAUUCAUAGACUUUCAAAAAACAAAAUGUAGUGUUGCCUUAAAUAGAAUAUUUAAUUUAUCAUCUACACAGACACCAACCAUUUUGUCUGCCAACAAAUAAGCAAACUAACAUACCAUUCCUCCCUUAAUCCUAGCAACAUAUUACUUUAGGAAUAACAUUGUUUCUUCAGAUUAAUUUAUUGUACGUAUUUUGAUAAAUAUAUUUUUGUUUUUGAUUUCAAGUGAUUUCUGGUCUAUUUAUAUUUUGCUAUAAAAUUCAACAUCAACAUGGACUUGAGUUCCUUCCCACUGGGCACAAACUGAAUGAAUCAACAUUGUUUCAACGUCAUUUGUCAACAUAUUUAGACAUGGAAUCUACAUGAAAAAUAAAUGUACUUUGAAAAACCCUCAAAAACUGUUUUGAGGGUGAAAUUUCAACUACAAGAUUAUGUCAUCAUGGGAACCAAUUUUCAACAUAGACAAACCUUGUAAAGAAUUUGUACCUUUGAACAAUGUCAGAUCGUCAUAGUUAUAUCCACUGUCAGAGAAAAAAAAAAAAACAAUAGGCUGGGCAGCACCUCCUACUGGAGGGUUGAUCUAUCUACAGCACAGGUGUCAAACUCAUUCCACGGAGGGCCGAGUGUCUGCGGGUUUUCGCUCCUCCCUUGUACUUGAUUGAUGAAUUAACAUCACUAAUUAGUUAGGAACUCCCCACACCUGGUUGUCUAGGGCUUUAUUGAAAGGAAAAACCAAAAACCUGCAGACACUAGGCCCUCCGUGGAAUGAGUUUGACACCCCUGAUCUACAGCUAUCCAUUUGGUCUCCCAUCCAGGGUUUUAACUAAAACCAGCCCUGCUUAGCAUUGAUAUUUGUUACUGACUACUACCAAUGUGCUAUCUUGAGAAUUAUUGUUGAGAGACCUCUUUAUAUCUGGUUAUAUCGAAGUCAUACCGAAGGAUUGAUUUAGCAGAGCAAAUGAAAUGUAACCAUACUUUAUAAGUCUUAUAUAAUCAAUGAUACUAUACUGAACGAAAAUAUAAACGCAAAAUGUAAAGUGUAGGUCCCAUGUUUCAUGAGCUGAAAUAAAAUAUCCCAGAAAUUGUUA